AUGUCUGGCUACGAGGUCGAGCACAAUAUAUCCACCAAGGAUGAAAAGCCGCAGCAGCCCCCGCGUCGACCAGACCUCUCCACCUUCUUUUCGCAGCUCGAGCUUGUAGAUACAUCCGAUCCACGGUCACACACAAACCCCAAUGCUCUCCCCCAGCCCGAGAAUAUGGCAGCGGCAUUCCGCUUACUCGCGAAUGCUUUCGAGACUAUGCGCGGACGACCAGCGGACGAGGCCAACGCAGAGGGAGACUUGUUGGCUAGCAUGAUUGAGAUACUACGCGAGAAUGCCGAUGAUCCGCCCACUGAACUGAAGGGCGUACCCGACAGCUUCCUGGACGAAUUGGAAAGGGUGCCCAAGGAGAAACUAAAAUCUUCCGACACAUGUCCAAUAUGUGUCAACCCUUUCCUCGAAGACAAAUAUCCGCUUGUGGUUCAGCUUCCAUGUCACGACGAUCACCGCUUUGAUCUCGACUGCAUAGGCCCGUGGCUCAAGCUGAAUUCUACGUGCCCUCUUGAUCGCAAAGAAUUGUUGAAGAAAAAGCAGCCCCCUCCGCCGCCCGCUGACGACGAGGAGGAUUAUGACGACAUGUAUGCCUGA